AUGGCCACAAGAACGGGCUUCGCGCUCAGCGCGAUCGUUGGCAGGAUGGCUUUGGGCUUGAAGAUCAAUGAAGUGCUUAAUGAAGUGCAGUCGGAUCUGCAGCAGGGGCUUGCAUUGCAGGCUGAUUUGUUGCUGAGGUGGCACAACUGGAUGCUUCUAACUCGGCUGUUAGCCCUGUCAUGGCUUGGCAGGCAGCUUGCAAAUGUUGUCCUGGCAGGGGCCGAUGAGAAUGACGAGAAGUUGGAUACAGCAGAGUCCUGCUGGGUGGAAGACCCUUUGGGCAGCAAAAGCAACUGGGCAAAGCACUGCUGCAGGCCGAAGCCUUGCGGCCAAAGUGAGUGCUGGGUCCCGCCGAUGUAUACCUACGAGUUCUGUUGUGACGAGGAUGCCUGCCGGAAUCUUGCUGUGGAGGAGGUGAAGCAUGCUCUGGAUCUGACAGUCGAGUCUUUGCCCAACGAGAACGCGUCGUCGCUGGCCUUCCGGGCGGCGCCGCAGGCAUUCAGAAAGAUGCGAGGGCUCCAAGCGGAGCUUGCCACUGCUGACCAGGCAUGUACCUGCGGCAUUGCCUUCGCGGUUGCAACACUGCUCUGGUAUCCCGAGGACAGCGCAGCUUUGGACAUUGCCAUCAAACCAAGGUGGUUCCUGGAGGGCAUGGAUUGGGGUCGCUUCGUGGAAGAGGGCUGGAGCAGUAUCUUCAAGUGGCUGGACCGGUUCGCGCAAGUUGAAGGCCAGGUUUGCUUGGGGAUGGCCUGCUGCAGUGUGGCGCUUUUCCGUCACUCUUGGACUCCUUGGUGA